CCCCCACGCCCCGGAGGCACUGGAACCAGACUGCGCAGGCGCGAGCGCGGGGCGGUUGGGGCGGGGGGGGGACGACCGUGCGCGUGCGCGUGCGCGGGGGCCGCGCUAGGGCGACGCAGUUUUCCGGCGCCUGUGCGCGGGAAGAUGGCGGAGGCGGUUCCCAAGUCGGUGCUGUUCGUGUGUCUAGGUAACAUUUGUCGGUCACCCAUUGCAGAAGCUGUUUUCAGGAAACUUGUAACUGAUCAAAAUGUUUCAGAGAAUUGGAGGAUAGACAGCGCGGCGACAUCGGGGUAUGAGAUAGGGAACCCCCCUGACUACCGGGGGCAGAGCUGCAUGAGGAGGCACGGCAUUCCCAUGAACCACGUUGCCCGGCAGAUUACCAAAGAAGACUUCGUCACAUUUGAUUAUAUACUGUGUAUGGAUGAAAGCAAUCUGAGAGAUUUGAAUAGAAAAAGUAAUCAAGUUAAAAACUGCAAAGCUAAAAUUGAACUACUUGGGAGCUAUGAUCCACAAAAGCAACUUAUCAUUGAAGAUCCCUACUAUGGGAAUGACUCCGACUUCGAGACGGUGUACCAGCAAUGUAUCAGGUGCUGCAGGGCGUUCCUGGAGAAGGCCCACUGAGGCUGGGUCUGCACGGCUGCAGCUGAUAGCACCUGGACCCCCGAGGCUCUGCCUGUGUCAGGCCAGGGCUCAGGUGCAGUGACGUUCCAUAGCCCCAGCUUUCUUGAGUUGAUUUGUUUCUUACCUUGAAAAAUAAUUGCAGGAUGAAAUCAGCUGUGUUUGGCAGAAGACUAAAUAAAAAUCUUUGGUUCAGACAGUU